CGUCUUCCAUGGCUGGGCUUGCUGGUGUCUACACCAUGAGAAACAGAUGUCUAAGACUCCUGCCAGAACUGUCAGUGCUGCUGAUGUUGCCUUGGGUUGUUGCAGCCCUGAAAGAUACAGCCUGCAUUCGAUGGUGCCCUCCGAACCCUCCAUGUGUCAAUGCCCAUGCUUGUCACUGCGCUCCGGGAUUCAGUUCUGCAUCUCCAGAUGUCUUCACUGGCCACUUGAAAAGUUGUUAUGACAUCAAGGAGUGUGGACCACACUCAAGAGUUUCCUGUGGAGUAUAUUUAGACUGUAAGGACUUCAUGGAGAGCUACUGUAUGUGCAACCCACACUACAGACCUGUUUCUGAGGCAAUGUUCGACAUUGAUCCCCACAAACCAUGUGAUGGACUCAUUUUGCAGCUGUUUUUGACAUUGACUGCUGCGGAGGAAAACCUCAUGGUCUCCAUCCCCACAGCCUCUGUCCCCAAAGACUGUGCUCCAUGGUGUCCCCCGCACUCCACAUGUGUCAAUGCCACUGCCUGUCGCUGUCUUUCGGGAUUCAGCUCUUCAUCUGGGGAGAUCAUCACCAAACUCACGGAGACUUGCAAUGACAUCAAUAAGUGCAGACAACCCUUGACAGUGUCCUGUGGAAAACUGGCAGCCUGCCAGAACAUGGAGGGGAGCUACUACUGCAUGUGUGACCCAGAAUACAAGCUUCUUUCUGGGGCAAUGUAUUUGCCCCAUGAGAUUUAGAACACGUGUCAAGACAUUAAUGAAUGUGAACCACCCUCAGUGGUGUCCUGUGGAAAAUUUGCCAACUGCCAGAACACAGAGGGAAGCUAUUACUGCAGGUGCAACUCGGGAUAUAGGCCUCAUUCUGGAAAAACAGAGUUCAGGAAUGAAAAUGAGAACACAUGUCAAGCUCACCAUGUAAGGACAACCCAGAUGACGAGGACCCAGAAGAAUGUUGGGCCCGGUUUGGGAAGGAUGACACGAACCCCACCACACACACACAAGCUUGAAGAGUCACAUAAACGGAAGAGGUUACCAUCUGAACCAGGCUACAACAGAGGGCACCAUCGGGGACAACUACCUCACAAAUGGGGGUACAGAGGGGCAUCCUUCCCCAACUGGUCUGCACCCCCUAGAAUCAACAGCAAGAGCUAUUCCCGAUUCUUAAAAGAAAUUGAUGAUUUGGGUAGAGACUUCACAUCAUCCUUGGCUAUGGACACCAUCCAGAACGUCAUACAGGUGGUUGAUGGCCUACUGGAGAACCCUGAAGACCUGAAGACCUGUGCCCGCUCAGAGCAGCACUCUGUGGCCACUAACCUGCUCUUCAACAUGGAGCAUGUCUUCAGAGAGCUGAGCAAGAUCCCACCCAAUGAGUCACUGACCUUUAAUGCAGCUGGAGGCACAGAACUGUCCCUGAAGGUAAAGGAGAAAGGACAAUGGAAUGUCAGCUUGAGUGUCAAUAAAGCAAAGAUGCUGCUGAAGUGGGAUACAAUUCAGGAAUCCAGAGACUCAGGCCCUUCUGUGGUGGGCCUUAUCUCUACUCCAGGGAUGGCCAAGUUGCUGGCAGGGGCCCCCCUCAUCCUGGAGACUGAGGGACCAGAAGUUCUGCAUGAGACGCACAUAGGCUUGCCUCAGGGGGUCUCCCCCAUCCUGCUCUCAGAUGUCAUCUCUGUCUUUGUGAGCAACAAUGACACCCAGAACCUCAGCUCCCCAGUCACCUUUGUCUUUGAGCAUUCAGAGACCCCUGGGCCAAGGCAGCAGGUGCUCUGUGUCUUCUGGGAUCAUGGCCAGAAUGGAAGUGGUCACUGGUCCACCAAAGGCUGCAAGAUGGUGGGCUCCAGAGACACCAGCACCACCUGCCAAUGCACCCACCUCAGCAGCUUUGCCGUCCUCAUGGCCCAGUAUGAUGUGCAGGAGGAGGAUCCCACCCUGGCUGUGAUCACUUAUGUGGGGCUGAGCCUCUCUCUGCUGUGCCUCCUCCUGGCGGCCCUCACCUUCCUGCUGUGCAAAGCCAUCCAGAACACCAGCACCUCCCUCCACCUGCAGCUCUGCAUCUGCCUCUUCCUGGCCCACCUGCUCUUCCUCACGGCCAUUGACAGAACUGAGCACAAGGUGCUGUGUGCCAUCAUUGCUGGUGCCUUACACUACCUCUACCUGGCCUCCUUUACCUGGAUGCUGCUGGAGGGCCUGCACCUGUUUCUCACUGCACGCAAUCUGAUGGUGGUCAACUACUCCAGUGUGAGCAGGUUCAUGAAGAAGUUCAUGUUCCUUGUGGGCUAUGGAGUCCCAGCUGUCAUUGUGGCCAUUUCUGCAGCAUCCAGGCCUCAACUUUAUGGAACACCUGCCCGAUGCUGGCUCCACACACAACAGGGAUUUGUAUGGACCUUCCUUGGCCCUGUCUGCAUCAUCAUCUCUAUUAACCUGGCUUUCUUUCUGAUGACCAUCUGGAUUCUGAAAAACAAGCUCUCCUCCCUCAACAAGGAUGUGUCCACCCUCCAGAACACGAGAAUGCUGACAUUUAAAGCAAUGGCCCAGCUCUUCAUCUUGGGCUGUGCAUGGUGUCUGGGAAUCCUGCAGCUGGGCCCAGCUGCCCAUGCCAUGGCCUAUCUCUUCACAAUCAUCAACAGCCUGCAGGGUGUCUUCAUCUUCCUGGUGUACUGUCUCCUCAGCCAGCAGGUCUGGGAGCAAUACAGGCAGUGGUUGAAAAGGAUCAAGAAAACCAAAGUGGACUCUGAGAAGUACACCCUCUCCAGCAUGGCCAUGUCUGAAGCUUCCAAAGACAACGUGGAGAAUAAAAUUAACAACUAAACCAGAUGAUCCUGUCUCCUGGAAAAUAAGGAAAACACUGACCUGUCAUCCUUUG